UCAUUGAAUUGCACUGCGAGUGCUGCAUCGACCUAAAGCCUGCAGUAGUCCCAGCACGACAGCGUACACUCCUGUCCGUUAACACACGAGGACUGCAUCAUCACACCGGUUUAUUAUCAAACGGGUGGACUGAAUUCGCACUUAUACUGGAAGAAGUGAGAGCCAGCACCGUGGGAGAGAGGUUUCCCGUCGCAGAAGCGUCACUUCUCUGUAGUUGGCUAAUGGUUUUUAUUCAUUCCCAACUUGUCUUAAUCCACCGAGGACAAAACACAGCGAUGAUAAGACUUCAGGACGCUCAUGAGAUUGUUAUUUCGGCAUUUUAUCUUUGAAUUUCGACAUUAGUGUACCACAACCGGUUGAUACGAGGAUUAAAACCGAUAUUUGUGGUUUUUACGAAAGGAAAUACAAUGCCGGACCAGAUCACAGUGGCGGAGUUUGUGGCGGAGACGAAUGAAGAUUAUAAAUCGCCCACCGCCUCAAACUUCACCACUAGAAUGACUCACUGCAGGAAUACUGUAGCCGCACUGGAGGAGGCCCUGGAUGUGGACCGCAGUGUCCUUUACAAGAUGAAGAAGUCAGUUAAGGCCAUUUACGCCUCCGGUCUGGCUCACGUGGAGAACGAGGAGCAGUAUACUCAAGCUCUGGAGAAGUUUGGAGAGAACUGUGUGUACCGAGAUGACCCUGACUUGGGAUCAGCCUUCCUGAAGUUCUCCGUCUUCACCAAGGAGCUCACGGCCCUCUUCAAGAACCUGUUUCAGAACAUGAAUAACAUCAUUACCUUCCCAUUGGACAGUCUGCUGAAGGGAGAUCUGAAAGGGGUUAAAGGGGAUCUCAAGAAGCCCUUUGAUAAAGCCUGGAAAGACUAUGAGACUAAAGUUUCUAAAAUAGAGAAGGAGAAAAAAGAACACGCCCGACAGCAUGGAAUGAUCCGGACGGAGAUCAGUGGAGCAGAGAUAGCAGAGGAGAUGGAGAAAGAGCGCCGUUUCUUUCAGCUUCAGAUGUGUGAGUACCUCCUCAAAGUCAAUGAAAUCAAGAUCAAGAAAGGUGUCGACUUGCUUCAGAAUCUCAUCAAAUACUUUCACGCACAGUGCAACUUCUUUCAGGAUGGUCUCAAAGCAGUGGACAACCUCAAACCCUCAAUAGAGAAACUCGCCACAGACUUGCACUCGAUCAAACAGGUACAGGAUGAAGAACGCAGGCAGCUAAACCAGUUACGGGACGUACUAAAGACCGCUCUGCAAGUGGAGCAGAAGGAGGACUCACAGGUUAGACAGAGCGCCACCUACAGUCUGCACCAGCCCCAAGGCAACAAAGAGCACGGGACGGAGCGCAGUGGGAACCUUUACAAGAAGAGUGAUGGGCUGCGGAAAGUGUGGCAGAAGAGAAAGUGCACGGUGAAGAAUGGUUAUUUGACCAUCUCGCACGGGACGGUAUAUGACAGAACGUAUCAUUUCCAGGCAGAGGAUGAGCCAGAGUGUCAAAUAUGGAUCUCAGUGCUGCAGAACAGUAAGGAGGAGGCGCUCAACAACGCGUUUAAGGGUGACCAGCAUGUUGGUGAGAACAACAUCGUGCAGGAGCUGACCAAGGCCAUCCUGGGUGAGGUCAAGCGGAUGGCGGGGAACGACGUCUGCUGUGACUGCGGAGCUCCCGGCCCCACAUGGCUCUCCACCAACCUAGGCAUCCUGACGUGUAUCGAAUGUUCAGGGAUCCACCGAGAGUUAGGCGUGCACUACUCCAGAAUCCAGUCACUAACACUAGAUGUUCUCAGCACCUCAGAGCUCUUGCUGGCCAAGAACGUGGGGAAUGCUGGGUUUAAUGAGAUCAUGGAAGCUUGUCUGACAGCAGAAGAUGUCAUCAAACCAAAUCCAUCCAGUGACAUGCAGGCGAGGAAAGACUUCAUCAUGGCCAAAUACACAGAGAAGCGCUUUGCUCGUAAGAAGUGUCCGGAUGCGCUGUCCAAGCUGCACACGCUCUGUGAUGCUGUGAAGGCCCGGGAUAUUUUCUCUCUCAUCCAGGUCUAUGCUGAGGGUGUGGACCUAAUGGAGCCCAUUCCUCUGGCCAAUGGCCAUUCCAGUCCUCACCGGCGGGACGAGAGGCCCAUCAGCUGCUACACACCGGGCAGUAAUUCCCUUCAGCCCAGUCCGUCCAGCCUGGCACGAGACACACGAGAUGUGGUCAAAGACAAGCAGCGUUUCGUUCCCAACCUUGUCAACAAUGAGACCUAUGGAACCAUCAUCAACACCAACUCACCGGUCACCCUGUCCACCUCUGCUCCACCUCUACCCCCCCGAAAUUUAGUUCAGCCGUCUGGUCUUGCUGGAAUGGCUCAGGGAUCUCCCAGUUGGAAGCCUGGCUCCCUAGAUCUGACCGGCAGGCAGCGAUCUUCCUCUGACCCCCCCAACAUGCAUCCUCCAGCGCCCCCCUUACGGGGCACAUCCACUUCCCUUCUUCUGCCCAGCGGAGCUCUUCCUCCUGCGGCUAAAACUGGCAGCAUGAUGGAGGCCAUGACUAUACAGCCCAAACCCGGACAGGGGCCUCCUGGUCAGAGCAUCAGCCGGGCUACAAGCGCGGACAAAAGCUUCAGUAAAAGCACACUGAUGCGCUCCGGAUCCAUCGAGAGACCAGGUAGAUGUCAGAGAAACCAUGUUGACUCUAAAGUUCCUGGAGGCCCCCAAAACUCCACUGGCCAAACUCUGCCCGCUACACACAUGCCCAGGAAAACUUACCUGAGGCCGAAGCGUGUGAAGGCCGUGUAUAACUGUGUGGCUGAUAACCCAGACGAGCUGACGUUCUCUGAGGGAGAGGUGAUCGUCGUGGACGGUGAGGAGGACCAGGAGUGGUGGCUGGGCCACAUUGAGGGAGAGCCAAUGAGAAGAGGAGCGUUUCCUGUCACAUUCGUGCAGUUCAUCAUGGACUGAAGUUCAGAGAUCAUAGACACUGAGCUGGACGGAUGACGGCACUUCUCUGCUUCUGUGUGGCCUCACUGACCUUCAUCAUCAUCAUCAUCAUCAUCCCGAGGCUUGUGUCUUCACUGAGCUUCCAAAAUCCCUGGCUCUAACCUGGCUUGAGAGACACUCUCUCUGGAAUAUAACAGCUUUCUGGGCUUUUUGUUUUUGGUUUGUGGACCAGAUAUGAUUCAGAAUGAGUUGCACUAAUCUAGUUGCACUUUUAACCUAAUUUAUCAUGACCGCAAUGCUAAUGAGACGAAUGUCACUGAAAUGAAGGUUUUAUUCCAAGAUCAUUUACAUCCUUAUUCCUUUUAGACAGACUGCUCUAUACCGUAAAGUUGUGAGCGUCUGCAUGAACAUUCAGUGGCCUCCAGAGAGAGAAAAAAGGAGCAUCAAGGAGGUUUAUUUCUGUAUAGAUAUUUAUAAUCUGGUGCUGUCCUUCUGUGAUCUUGAUUUAGAUGCUCUUAUUGAUUGGAAUGAUCUUUUGCAGACCUUCCUUCAGUGUGCAGGCCGCUUGCCUUGAGAGAUCUGUGGAACGUGUCAUUUAUCAAAUGGCUCAUUCAUUCUUAAAGUGAUAGCCCAAAAAUGAAAAUGUGGUCAUUUAUGUUCUUUCAAACAGUGCAAAAGAUGUACUGUGGAAUGUCCAGACUGCUUUUUCAUAACGGGUCGGGGACUGUGGGUGUUGUGCACUAUAAAUGUGGUCCGUGCUAUUGGUUUUCUAUAUUCCAAGUCUGAUGAAGUCCUAUUGUAGUCAGGAACAGACCAAUAUUUAAAUGGAUUGUUCACCCCAAAAUGACAAUUCUAGCCUUAA